GUUGUGCCGGGAACCUUUUACUACUAAAAAGUAACUUCGGACAGUGUUUGUUGGCUACUGGGAACGCGUGGGGGUGUUUAUUACCAUUAAGCUUUGUCUCCCCACGCCAUUUCGCACGUGGUUGCUAUGUCGGGCCUGACCAAGGAACAGUUGAGAAACGAACUAGUUAACCACGGGAUUGAACUCCCCUCCUCAAACGCGAGAAAAAGCGAAUAUGUGGAGCUUUAUGAGAAACAUGUCGCGCCAGUACAGCAAUCUAAAGGGGAUUUCUCAUCUGACGAAGAAGACAUCCCCAAUUCCCUCCCGAUAGUUGACAAGGCAUCCUCAGAAGCAAGUUUUAUCGUUGAUGGAAUAGAUGUGUCUAGGCUCAAUGAUGACGAACUAUACAGGCGACUCCAAGAAUAUGGGGCCAGUGUUGGACCUAUUGUUGACACAACACGCAAAGUCUAUCAGAAAAAAUUGGUUGUACUGAUGGGAGGUUCAGUGGAAGAAACAGCAACGUACAAUGGCGACGUAGAUCAAGAAGAAUACUCAGACAGUGAGGAGGAAGUUGUAGAAGAACCACAGAAGAGCGUGCCAUCCACAUCACAACAGUCAGUACCAGUCAGCUUUCCAGUGCAGCCGGAGAUCCGCAAACGAACCAUUAUCAGCACAGAGUCAGAGAGAACCGACUUGGUGUUUGACCCCGAACUGCACACUCCUUCUCCACGACGCUCUCUCCGCACUGUCCAUUCCACUACCACGGCGUCUGAAAGCUACACAUCACGGAAGAUUGUCAACAACGGAAGAAGUGGGCUUGUACGAGAAAGUGUUGCAAAAUCAGUGGAAGAGGAACCCAGUGGUGGCGGCAAGUUGGCUGCGACAGUUCGGUUGUUAGUCAAGUUGAUCUUCUUAGCCCUCAUUCUUGUCGGUCUUCUGUUUGGAUACCAGUAUCUUGAGAACAACCCCACGGAGAGUCCUUUCAAGCCUAUUGAACAGUUGGCUAGACAAGCUCUGGAAGCUGCUGUAGGAGAGGAAGAGGCAGCUAAGGUGGAGGAACCUGUACCAACCCAAGAGGAGGUCCCGCCUGCUCAAUCCUAAAGAUCUCUGGUACCUGAUACCAUCCAAACCAUGACCAUGUAUGCAUCCUGCCGAAACCCCCUGCCCACAAUCCCAUGAACAGACCUGGAUAUUUUUUUAUGGAUAAAAAAGAGGAAAGGGAAAAAAGAAACUAAUUGGCUGCUCUUGUUUGCCAGGUUUAGUGCAGAAAGUUGCUGUAACCUCUAUUUAAAAUUGUGUACAUCUUUACUUGAAUUAUUGUUUUAAUGGGAAAUGAAUAGUGCUAUAUUAAAGAGUUCUAGAGAAGCGGUUUGUUUUAGUUUAGUGCAGCGGAGCACUUAUAAGUUAGACCAGGAUUGGGUGCUAAUGUUUCCUCCAUCUUUUGAAUUCUUAUAGUCAACUAAUUAUUUUUUAGCUCACUUGUUAUAAGUUCAUACUCAACUUUAUUAUAGGUCAGCAUCACAAAAGGAUAGUCUGAAAACAAAAGGCAUUUGAAGGUUUUUAUUAAAUAAAGGAAAAGAAAUUGCCUCUUUUGUUCUCUUGUUUUCCAUGAAAUGGAUUCAUAUAAGCCACUGACAUCAGUGAUGCCAUUUGUGGUGCCAUUCUAAGCAUUAAUAGAUUGUCACAAUGGAAACGUUUUGUUGUUCUAGCAAUAUUCUAAUUUUCUCUUCCCAAUUAGGUUAUAUAGCUGUUUUAUACACAUUUGUUUGUUAUGAUCUCCAACUCAUUUUAUUUCUUUCUUAGCCAGAUAAUAUCUGUUGGACAUGAAUGAAAAAUAUACUGACAUUUUUUCCCCUCACUUUAUAUAUAUCUUGUUUGUUUUAUUCAGUUGCAUCCUUAUUCAAAUUGUGCUUAACAUCUUUCAAAACCAGUUACUGAUGUUAAUGAUAGACCUUGUAUAGAAAAGUUAAAUUUGAGGGACCGGAUACCAGGAUGUGGGAAAUGGAUUUUAUUUUUAUUUUUUUGUUUUUUUGUGCUCAAAGGUUGCCCUUAUUAGAAAUUAGCCAAUUUUUUACCCACAGGGAGCAAAGGCUCUAUGUUAGUUUCAGUAAUAUGGUGUGUGUGUGUGUUUAUCUAUAUAUUUUAUAGCACUUGUAGAAUGAUGUACAAGUUUUGCAUUAAUAAAGAAAAAAAAAAAAAAUCUUUUCUAAAAAUAACUUAA